ACGACGCGAAGGUGUGCAACACGACGCGUAGUGAUGCAUCUCUCCCACCUCUUUAUUGCCGCAUGGUUGCUGCCGCAAACAGCAGCGCUGGUCGGCAUUCGCCCGUCGCCUGCGUCGCGCCGCAGCGCUGCCGCAUCGGAUGCAGCAGACGCCGCCACAUCGAUAGCUGCAGCAGCAACAGCUGCGAACAAGAACGACGACGACGCGAAGAUCAAGGCGAUCGCGGGCCCGGCGCUGCUCGGCACGCUCGCCGACCCGCUGCUGUCGGUCGUGGACACGGCCUGGGUCUCGCGGCUCGGGACGACGGCGCUGGGCGCCGUCGCAGCAAGUUCCGAAAUCUUCACACUGGUCAUAGCGGUGUCACUUGCGCUCCGAGAAGCGGCGUCGUCGACGAUCGCGCGGCUUACGGCGCAGGGCCGCUGGCGGGAGGCCGAGGCCCACGGCGCGAAGACGCUGCUGACCGCUUUUGGCGUCGGUGCGUUACUUACGUUAAUACUGCUGGGCCCCGGCGGGCCGGGCGCCGUCGGUUUAUUGGGAUGCCCGCGCGGAAGCCCCCUGCAUGCCGACGCGCUCACGUACGCGCGGAUCCGGGCGCUCGCGCUGCCGUGCGCGGUGGCGCAGUUCGCUGCGGAAGGAGUGUGCCGCGGCCUCGGGGACACGAAGCCGCCGUUACGGGCGGCGCUGCUCGCCGGGUUGAUGAAUGUGGUAUUGGAUCCCGUCCUCAUGUUCAGAUGCGGCUGGAACGUGGCCGGGGCCGCCGCGGCGACGGCGAUCUCGCAGGCUUGUGCUUGCGCAUUGUUGUUAAUAGAGCUCAACGGCAAGCGCGGCAAUCGAGCACCGUCGACGAUUGAUGUGCCGGCCGCGAAGACAGAGACCAAGCUUUUGGGGACGUCUCUGGCGUUGCUGCUGCGGUCGACGUGCCAGCUGGGCACCUGGGUCUUCGUCGCGUCCCAGGUGUCUCGACGGUUGGGCGCGCGCGCCAUCGCCGCCCACGGCGUCGUAUUGAAGGUGUGGUUGUUGUUCGUCCUGGCCGCCGAGGCGCCGGCCGUCGCGGGCCAGGUCAUCUCGGCGGGCUACCUGGCGACGGGCCGGCGAGCGCGCGCCCGUGCUGACAUCAAAUUUCUCACCUUCACACCAUCGACGCGACGUGGCACGCGACUCAUUGAUUCCACACAGGCGCGCGCCGCAAGAGUCGUGAAGCGGCUUGGUAAAGCGACGGUCACGAUCGGACUGAUUACGGCCGCGGCUUUAGCGGCCGCCGCGGGGCCCAUAUCAUAUGCGUUCUUUCCCACGGAUACGGCAGCCGCCAAGUCCACGAAAACUAUCUUCCGCUGGGCGGCGCUAUCAGUCCCACUCGUCUGGCCGAACGCGCUCUGCGAGGCCGUGCUGCUCGGCGCGGGCCGCUACCGCUACCUCGCGGGCGCGACGCUCGUCAACGCGCUCGUCGCGUCCUUCGCGACCGUGGCGCUGCUCUCGGCGAGGCCGCUCGUGACGAGCGCCUGGGCGUGUUUGUGCGGCUUCUUCGUGUUGCGGUUCGCCGUGUCCGCGGGCGGGGCCGCCCGCGAGCUCCUGCCCGCGAACCGCGCGGGCGGGCUGCGGUAUCGUACGUCGUCGUCGUCGUCUCGCUGA